AUGCGAAAUUUUUUAUGGUCUCAAGAUGCGUCAUUCCAUAGAGGUAAGGCCAAAGUCUCUUGGAAAACUGUUUGUACUCCGAAGUUUGAAGGUGGUUUGGGUAUUAGGCGCAUUGGGGACAUGAAUGUGGCCCUUAUGACUUCUCAUGUGGGUAGUCUUCUUUCUAGAAGGAACUCGUUAUGGGUCGACUGGGUGCACGAUCAUCGAUUGAAAGAUAAAAAUUUCUGGAUGUGUAAGAUUCCUUCGAACUGCUCGUGGUCUUGGAGGAAACUCUUGCAAUUGCGGCAGUCCCUAAGACCUUAUAUGUGGAUUAAAAUUGGCAAUGGGGAGGACACUUCAGCUUGGUAUGAUAAUUGGUGUAAUAUUGGGCCGUUAGGUAACUUUCUGACGCCUCGCACUAUCACUAAUGCGGGUUUUCGUUUGGAUAAUAAGGUUGUUGAAGUUCAAGCUAAUGGUGUAUGGUCUUGGCCGGUUGCUUGGAGGGAUCUGUUUCCAGUCCUUAACCAGCUUGAUAACGUCCAUAUUGAGCUGAACAAGCAGGACAAGCUAUUAUGGCGGGACGGUGAUGAUUUUGACGAGGAUAAUGAUUCUCACAGUCAUUUGUUUUUUGAAUGCCCUUUCUCGGCUCAGGUUUGGCUAUCGGUUAGACAAAAGGUUGAUAUGGUCUCUGUUCAGCCAAAGUGGACAGAUAUUGUAGAUUGGUUAUUGCCCCGGGCUAGGUCGAGGUCGGUGGCUAACUAUGCGGCUCGUCUUCUGGUUGCGGCUAGUGCUUACAUUAUUUGGCAGGAGCGUAAUGCGAGAAUAUUCAAGAAUCAAAUGAGACCACCGGAAGUGAUAAGUGAAGUCAUUCUUAAUACGGUUCGGUACAAGCUCAUGGGUGCGAAGAUGCGAAAGACUGCUAAGGUGCAGCGGUUGCUUGGGGAGUGGAAGAUCGGCUCAAACACAAUCAGUGAUGACGGUGGCUAG